AUGGGUGGCGUGUUUGUGACGAUGGACUACGCCUCGCAACCGGCAUUCGUGACUUGCGCAGUUCUGGAGUUUACUGGCGACUUCCAGACAGCUAUAAAGCGUUGGAAGGAUCAAGAACUCGGUGAUGAAAGUGCCAUGGCCCUGAUUUACAAGAAGUGGUUCGAGUGCUGUUUAGUGUGGCUGAUGGAUUCAUCGUGUACACCUACUGCGCUGCAGCUACUCGAGAGCAAUGAACCUCCAAAUGUGUCGAGCCAAGAGGUAUUCAUAGGGAAGUCGACCCGGUACCCAUUCUUGCAACAGUGGUUGGUGCUUCUUAGCCGAAUGGGACUACCAAGUCGACAACGAACUUUUGCGGUGCUUGCCGAGCAAGAUGAUGUGAUGGUUGAAGUGCUGAACGGUCUUACUCGCAUGGCGGCUCUAGCAGGUGCUGGCGUGAGUAUGCCAAAGCAAUGGAAUCAGCGAAUCGCCUGGGCAUCAGACGCUAUCGAGAUCUUAACUACUGAGUAUGACCCCGAUUUACUCUUCGCUGACCUGGUGGACACACUAGGACGAGACCACAUCGUGCUACUUGACCUCCUCGUAUCAAACGAAACGCAAAUGCUCGAGUACACCAUGCGAUACCUCCGACAUUUAAGUGCGCACUGGAAGACCAGCAAGCAAAAACUGCAGGCGAACAACCGACUUGAAUGCGUUAUGAGUGUGCUUAUUCGACUUCGACUGGAGAUCGACAAGCUAGUGGCGGCAGAUCUGUUUCCUUACAGUGCGGGGCCACUCACCAGACGAUUGCUAUUCAUCGAACAGCUUUACGAAGAAGGCUCAGGCGAUGAUGCAGAGCGAUGA